UCCUUAAAAUCCUAUAAAAAUAUCAAGAGACUACUUUACUGACAAAGCAAAACCAUUGCUUCCAACUUUCAACCAAAUGAAGACUAAUUUCUUUGCUUCUUCUUUCAAUACGCCAUUCCCUGUCAAAACAUCACCACCGCCUCGUCGCGUAAAGACUCACCGGAAAACCGUCUUUGCCAGCAAGAAGAACAGUGGUGAUUAUGGGUCAGAUCACAGCAAAGGUAUUGUAGAUGAGAACAUGAUUGUUCUGAGGAAGAGGAUGCAUGAAAUGAAGAUGGCUGAGCGGAAUUAUGAACCGCCGGAGAACUGGAUGGAGUGGGAGAAAAGGUAUUACACAAGGUAUGAGUCUGAUGUUUGUGUUGCCAUUGGCUUCUUGCAGACCUUCUUGAUGAACAACAGGCCGAGUGUCGGAGUUUCUGUCUUGCUAUUGCACUUGCUCAGUUUGCCUGUUUCAGUGGUUUUGAUCCUGCUUCAUUUGACCAGUCAUAUUAUGCCUUCUCUUGGUUGAGCAGUGCUUGGAUGAUGGCUGGCUAUAUUCAAUACACAGUGUGGGUCAGUAAUUCAUAUUGUAUAAUAUACUUGGAAUCCAAAGAGACAAGCAAAACUGAUGACAAACUGGCAAGUCUUUUUAGUGAUGAAGAAAAUAUAUUGAGAAUAUAAAUAUUGAAUGUAAUAAGACAUAUGAGUGAAAAGACACCUUAAGUGGAUUUGGUGUUGAGCAAAAAAUUAACUAAAACAAAAAACAUGACCCUGCUUGAUACCGAUAUUCGCAUGAUGUUAAUAUAAUCUAAAGAUGUACCAAUAGUUGUACAUGAUGUUCUAGUUA